AUGGCCUCCGCCGACCGUCUCUCCGGCCUCGCCGACGACCUCCUCCAGCGCAUCCUGUCCUUCGCGCCGGCCAAGGAGGCCGCAGCCAGCGCCGCCCUCUCGCGCCGAUGGCGCCCGCUGUGGCGCCGCACGGGCGCCCUCAACCUCGACAGCAGGCCCUACUCCCGCCAGCACUCCAGAUUUUACCACGGCGACCGCUUCGACGACUUCUUCCGCCACGGCAAGGCCGCCCUCGCCAGCCGCCUCGGGACGGCGCUCAAGAGGCUCACGCUCUACCUGCUAGAAGACGCCUACCUCGUCGGCGACAAAUGGCACUACCGGAGGAACGACGACGUCGUGCCGGAGUACGACACCCGGGUCGCCGGUCUCCUCGCCGACCCUGCAGCGACCGCGCUGGAGGAGCUCCGGAUCGCCGGCGAGUGCGCCUUCGUCUGCAUGUACGUCCCGCCGCUGGCCUCCCUGUCGUGCGCCGCCACGACGCUCCGGGUGCUGGAGCUCCACCACUGCAGCUUCGAGCCGCCGCCGACGGAGCCGUCAGCGAGCCUCGCUUUCCCGCACCUCACGGAUCUAACAGUGCGUGACUGCACUUACUUGGAGUCGUAUCUCCAAGACGUGGUCGACGUCAUGCCGGCCCUAACCAGGCUUGCACUGGUGGACGUCAUUAAUAAACCGCUGACGCCGCCCGCCAGUUUCCACUGA